AUGGGGAACGAAAGUUACCUGAUGAACUAAUACAUCCUACAGGAGAACUGGCUAGUCUUUUUGCUGUGGAAGAAGAAUGUUUUCCCGAAGAUAAUAAAUUUACAACGUAUAAUACGUUAAAUGUUUUAAAGAGCCUAGGAAUGAAAACAGAUGAACUGGAAUGGGAACAUUUGCCAAAAAGGAUACGAUCCGUUUUGCACUGCGAACGUUCAGAAUUGCUGAUCAAUCGCACCGAAAAGUUCUUAAGAUAUAUGACGUCUACGCGUGAUGCAAAACCGAGAUAUCAAAAAUGCCCAGAUGAAAUUCGCAAAGAACUUUCUAAUUUAGAAUUCCUGACAUUACAAAAACCGCCAUGUAGUUGGACACUUCCGUGGUACGGUGGUGAUAACACCAAAUGGCCAUUCACAUCACCUAUAAAUGGAUAUUUUCCGGACUGUCAGCAUCUGGUAGGAUGCAUAAAACCAGUAGUUGAUAUAAGUAAAUAUACAUAUAACAGUAAAAUAACUGAUGUACUGAAAUGGUUAGGAGUUCAGCAUUUAAGAAUUGAAAUUGAUCUGAAGUUAGUGAUAGAAAACUUGUUAAUAAUUUCAAACCAUACCAUGGAGUCUGGGCUGAAGAAUGAUGGGUAUUUGUUACUAGAUGCUGCCUUCCGAGAUAUCUAUGAUUAUUUGCGUAAAGUGGUUGAAGAUAACAAUGAAGAAGAUAUCGAUUAUAUUAAACAAUCAUUAGAAAACAAGGCAGUUAUUUUGCAUGAAAGGACAUUGAAAACCGCUGAUAAAAUGGUGAUGGAAUUGAGAAAUAGCCUAUCACCCUAUUUGUUCGAGGUAGAUCAAAGAUACAAACGGUAUAAAGAUUUGUUUGUGAUUUUGGGUGUUCCUAUAGCAUUAACUUUGUCUAUGCUUAUUGGGGCCUUGUUGCUUUUUGCCAAAGAAAAAGGCAGUACUAAACUUUCAUCAGAUGAAAUUGACUGUAUAAAUAGACUGUGUAACGAAUUUGAAGGAUUAUGUGAUCAACAAACAGUCGAUAAGCGUGUGUUUGAGUCUAUCAAACUGCCUGAUGAAAACAGCGAGCUAACAUUUACAAAAGACCUUUAUUUUGAUGACAGUCCAUGGUUAUCAAAUGACCUGACCCAAACGCAUCUUCAUAAAAAAAUUUCUCGAAGUGUAGCAGAGCUCAUGGGUGUCAAAUCAAAACGAUCACAUGACAUUGAAAGCUUAUCAUCCCCUCUGUUUUCUGAAUUUGGCCAACAUGAAGAUCUCACAAACCGCAUCAAACGUAUACUGGAAGGAUAUCCAUGUGACGAAUCUAUACUUAAAGAGAUGUUACAGAAUGCUGAUGAUGCAGGGGCUACAGAAGUGAUUUUCAUUAAAGACUUUAGACAGCUUGAAACAAACAGUCUACCAGAUGAUAAAUUAAGUCAGACACAAGGACCGGCAUUGUGUAUAUACAAUAACACCUGCUUUUCUGAAAGAGAUAUGAAAGGUAUACAAGCUCUGGGUUUAGGAAGUAAAAGUGACGAAGUGCUUAAAACUGGUCAGUAUGGAGUAGGUUUUAAUGUGGUUUACCAUGUUACAGACGUCCCAUCAUUCUGGUCAAAAGGUAGUGAAAUUGGAGAAUUAGUUUGUAUCUGCGACCCCCACUGUAAAUAUCUACAGAGUGCAACUGAACGGAGACCUGGGAGCAAAAUUAAAGUUUCUGGACUGACAGGAAGAUACACAGACUUUAUGGAAGGUUAUCUACCCAAAAUUACGAAUAAAUUGGAUAAAGGAACAUUAUUUCGUCUACCACUACGAACGGGAGUCAUGGCAGCAACUUCAGAGAUAAGACGUGAAGUAACUACAAAACAGGAUAUAGAAGAUAUCAUCACAGUGCUUAAAAGGCAGAUAAUUCCAUGCAUGCUCUUUCUAGAGAACAUCACAAAAAUUAAGAUAGCUUCAGUUAAUCCAAAUGGAGAUCUAAAUAUUGAACAUGAAGUAAGUUCAAAGAUGACUAUGGAAGAUACAGAGGAACAGAAAAAAUAUAACAACUAUCUGCGCAAACUAUCUCAUAAGAUGGGAAAUUUAAAGUCAGACUCAUUAAGUACCCCAUUUGAAAUACAAAUAACAUUAAACUUGGAAGAAAGUAAAUCUGAUAAAACUGAACAGUUUGCCAUUAUAAAAAGAGUGGGAUUUUUACCUGAAUCUAAAUUUCCAGAAAAACUGAGCAAGGCCUAUGACAAAGGCAAUGUUCAAAAAUUGCCACGAGGGGGUGUGGCUAUCAAUCUCUCAAGUGAUAUAAAUGGAAAGGCCUAUUGUACGUUACCACUUCCCAUUCGAACAGGUCUCCCAGUACAUAUAAACGGACAAUUUGCUUUGGAUCAUGAAUCAAGAAGGAAUUUAAGGUGCGAAAUGGAUUCAGUUGAAGGCCAAUGGAAUGCACACCUGGCGAAAUACGUAAUUGUUCCAGCUUACAUUUCCGCACUGAACUAUUUGAAAGAUUAUCCAUUUAAUUCACGACAAACUGAUUUAGACGUGGAGAAAUUAAAGAAAGCGAUUGAUAAAUUUGAAAAACUUUUCCCAACAGUUGAAAAAGCCACAGAUAUAUUUUGGAAAGAUUUGAGCAAAGAUAUUUAUAAGUGGAUUGCAAGAAACAAAUGUCCAAUGUUUCCUGUUUUCACUAACAACACUAAUACCUGGUAUAAUAUAAAAUGGGUUAACAUACAGGUUGGAGAUGAUGGGGACUUUGCUGGGUUUUUUAACGUUCUUCAUUCUUAUUUCAACGAACACGAGUCUACGUCUUGCUAUAGGUCCAGUGGAAUAGCAAAUAUGCACAAUACUAUGGAUAAAAAAACAAAAACAAAAGAUAAACUAGCGAAGAUUUUAGUGGAAUUAGGUAUGAUGAUAUUGAAGUCGUCUGUAUUGCUAUUAAAACAAUUCAAAGAUUCUGAAAUAGAUGUUCAAACUGUGACCCCAGAAAAUGUGUUGCGGUUCCUAAAAUCAUAUUCCCAAAUUGGAUUGAAUAAUCGAUGUAAACUGGACAAUUUACCAUGCGACAUAUCUAAUACUCUGUUCAAGACACAUGAAACCUUAAAAUUAGUAUUACAAUUUGUGAUAAAAAUUGAACCAAAGAAAAAUGUUGAUAUAUUGUAUGGUGCACCACUCUUGUUGAGGCAGAAUAACAUUUUAGAAACGUUUAAUUUUGAGAGAACAGUUAUUGUUUCUAAGUUCUGUGGACUGUUACCCGAACAUUCAUGCGAAUUUCUUGCCUACGACAUAAUACAUUUGAUGGAGACAUUCUUGCAGUCAUUUAAGCCCUUGGUUGAGUGGAACUUACAAAGUUUUGCGAACUUGAUGCAACAUUCUGAAGAGAAAAUUAGAAUUUGUCAUGGUGAAAUUGUUCCAUGGGAUGACAACAUGCCUGUCAGUAAGAAAUGGCUUGAGAAAACUUGGGAAUUUAUCUGCGGUCAUUUACCGAGUGGUUGUACAAGAUCGAAGUUAUCUGUGUCGGCACUGGAGGUUAUAAACUCAUUUUCGUUGCUGCCGGUUCAAAUAGGUCAAAGACAAGUUUUAUAUCCGUUGUCAUUGGCUGAUCAUAUCAUGGAUAUGACCAACGUAUCAUUCAGUUCUACAUAUCAAAAAGUGUUUGACGUACUGGGUGAAUUACAAAUACCGAAAUUGUUGAUGAUCUCACCAUUCAUAAUAUACGAACUUGUAGUGAACAUCGAAAAUCCUUCAGCUUUUCUGCAAUUAUUGAUAGAAAAUAUAGGCCAUCUGCGUGAAAUAAACAUCAAGCAAUCUGAAACUUUGUGGAAAUACUUUAAUACGAAGUUGGAUGACAUGAACAACGUGACAUCUGUAAAAAUAUUACCUAUAUUUCAAACACAUGAUGGUAAAAUGGUUUCACUUUGUGAGGGAAGUAAAACGUACACCUGCCUUCGCGAUUCGGGCGAUUCUGUACCUAAAGCCGGUCUACAGCAUUGGUCAUCGGUAUCAAAUGUGGAAAUUAUAAGAUACCACUACGAUCUUGAAAACAUCUUUAAGAAAAUUGGUAUCCAAGUAAACAAACCCGUUGAUCUGUACACCAGCUAUAUUUUAGAACAUUUCCAUGGUUUUACCUGUGAGGAACAGGUCAUCCAUUUGCAAUACAUUCGUGAUGUUCUUCGAUACAAUCUUAAUCCUAACGAAACAGACCGCUUGAUUCGAAAGUUGAAGGAUGUUAAAUUUAUACAGUAUAAUGGAACAACAAUGACCGCCUCUCAGUUUUAUGAUCGGGACAACAAAGUAUUUGAGGUUAUGGGUGACCAUCUGAUUUUUCCACCACCCCCGUUUGACCACCGAGAUUGGAAGGGAUUUUUAAUCCUGAUCGGAUUGCAAGAUGAAGUAUCGCCGGAAAUGUUUGUCCAAUUUGCCCAAAUCGUCGAGAAUUCUGGCGUCACAAACCAGAGUCAAGAACAGUCUCGUUUACUAGUAACACAUUUGUUUGGUGGAGUUUACAUCCAAGAUAAGCAGUUUUGUGAAAGAAUCCAAAACAUCAAAUUUGUAUCGCGUUUGACUUUAUCUAAUAAAGACAUCAGAAGUGAAAUACACCCACAGUAUGGUUGUGGAGACAGAUUCAUAUGUUUAAAUGGCUCGUUCGAAAGUUCACUUGUUGAUUACGUUUGGACUGUUUCGAAUGUUUUACCGACAAGUGUAUAUUUUGUUCAGAACAAUUUUCUCGGUAUUAAAAUCAAAAUCAACCCGAGCUCCUUUAUCGAUCAUCUUCAGAACAUCUGUAGUAGUUUAAAGGAUGUGAAUCGGAUAAGGAAAAUUGAUAAAGCAAGUCUGGUCGGAAUAUUUACCAAAUUAUAUGAAUACAUGGGACAUCACACAGAUAUAAAUCUUUCUGGUCUAAGAGACAACCAUACCAUAUUUUUACCUGAUCAAAUGCUGAUGGCCAAGGCCUCAAAAGUAAUCAUCAAUCCUAGCAAAGGCCAUCUGAUAAAAGGUCGUAUAUUUCAAAUCCCAUUUGAUUUUGUCUGCUAUCGUCAAGUUUUUCAAGCACUGGGGGCUAUAACGACCGCUGUGCCCGAUAUCUACCUCGAAGUCCUCAGGGAAAUCUUCACGGAAUGUGAUGGUAAGGUGCUUGAUCCAAACCUUUCGACCACUGUCAGUGACUGUAUCCAGCAGCUCAACAACUUGUGGAAAGAGUGUCCACCAAAUGAAUAUAAAAUGAACGAACCACAUUUGUAUCUACCGGAUACAAAAACUCUAAUGGCCAAAUCAACAGAAUUGAUUUUUGUUGAUAAUAUAAAUAUUCAUCGAAAGGUGUCAAAAAUACCCUUUCGUUAUUUUGUGGGAGUAAAAGCCCUGAAAAUCGAGGACUGUUUGAUGAAGGCGUGGCCAAAAAAAUAUCAAAUGAAGAGGCUUACUAAACUUAUUGAUGUUAUAAUUGAACCAUCUUGCAUUGAUAACGCUACCAAAGGUAGUAAGGCCCAGAAAAUUAAGAACAUGUUAAUCGAUGAAUACUUUAUAAAUGGUGUUACCCGUCUAUUAAAACACAAUCAAGACGAAGAAUCAACCUCUGAUGCUAAAUUUGACGAGGCCUUGAAUAAAGGUAUAAUGCUUUUCAUUGAUAUCGAAGUAUUUGAAGUGAACAAUCUUAUGACGGUACUAACAUACAACGACGAAGUUGUGCCCGAAAGUAAUGAACCAUGUCCAGUACAUUUUAAGAAAAGUUACAAUGACAAUACUGUGACCUAUUCUUUGUAUGUAGAUAAAUCCAAGAAUGUAAAUUCCAAAUUACCCAUAAAAUUAUCAGAUAUUAUCAAACGAAUCUUUCACAUUGAAAUUGGAUACCAUUUUCGGGAUAUAUGGCAGUUGAUGGUUGAUGAAAGUCCACAAGAAAUUGGAUCCUAUCUGGAUAAGGAAGACAUCAAAACUGAUGACUUUGUUUCAAGGUAUAUUUUAUUUCCUCCGCCUGGUACUUGUAUCCCUGAAAAAUUACACUGGCUUUUAGAUAACAGCUUCAAUGAAUUUGAUAAAGGAGAUUAUGUUGGAUAUGAAAUUUUUGAUCCUGAUAUUGAGGAUGUGGACGGGGAAGGAAAUAUAACAGAUCCGCCUUAUUAUAUAUACGCUAAAAUUGUGGGGCACAUACACGAAGAAACGGAUACUGAGUUUGCAAGCUAUAGUCUUGAUGUAGGAGAGGAUGAAUACAUUCAAGCUACAGUUACAAGAAUAUAUAAAUUCCACCGGAAUAUCACAAAUAACUCACGAGAAUUAGUCGUAAGUGACGAGAGAGAAACAGAACAACAAAAAUCAAAUACCAUUGAGGAACUAGACAUCAACACAAUCUUGAAUGACAUUCGUCAGACAAUGAGGCGAGCAUGGCAGUGCUCAGAUGAAAGGGAACGAAAACGAGUAACCAGAAGAUUAUUGUUACUGUGGCAUCCCGAUAAAAAUCCAAAUAAUGUUUUAAAGGCUACAGAAAUCACCAAAAAAAUAUUUAUGUUUGUGGAAAGAUUGAAUAGAGGCCUUAGUUUAGAUGAUGAUUCCGUUCCUGACGAAACAGAUGGUGCAACAAGAUCACAAUAUUAUCGAUCAUAUGAACGGUUUUAUAGCAACGUGUAUUCGACAGGUAGAAAUCACGCACGGUAUUCCCAAGAACAAAGAUCCAAUAGAAGAUAUUACAAUGAUAAUAGUUUCCAUACAUCAGCUCGAGAUGAACCAAACCCAUCACCUAGACAAGCCGAACGAUGGCUGAAACAAGCAGAUUGGGACUUAAUUGCAGCGGAACAAUCUCUAUCUAGUGGCGCAUGUACACAUAACUGGAUAUGUUACAAAUGUCAACAGUCCGCUGAAAAGGCUUUGAAAGCCGUAUGGUAUAAGAUAGAUGCAAAUAAAGUGAGCCAGGACCAUAAUUUGAAUAGUGUUGCCAAUGGGUUACCGUAUUCUACUCUUGUACAAUUAGCUGCAGAACUACAGUCAACCAUUGGGGAACAUACCCGAAUGAGAUAUCCAGACAAACUCAGCUAUCCCAAUAUUCCACAUGAUGCUUAUAACGAAAGCGUUUCCACCCCAGCCUGUCGAUUAACACGAAAGAUUAUCACCAUAUCAAAAGAAAUAAUUCAUGGGUGAAAAGCAGUGUAAAUCUGAGAUGUAUAGCAGAUAUUUAAUAAUCCUAUGUCAUACGUUUGAUGUAGCUUGUUAUCAAAACGAAGAUUAACAUACAUCAGUAUGUAUUUAUAAAAAAAAACUGGGUUAAUUUAAGUAUUAUUUCUUUUUUAUUUUCUAAAAUCUGAAAACUAACCACCAAUAAAUUAAGUAGGUUAUGGCGUAGAUUUUUUUUGUCCAUUUAAUAAACACGGAUUGUCGAAACGGUUAAAAGGAAAGGUGUACGCUUUCAAAAUUCAGAUAUAUAGCUACUAUAUGAAUCUAUCCGAUUGUAUACAAUUCCUUUUUUAAAGCGUAUGAAAUAGAUACAGAACUCGCGUUUAAAAAAAUUGAUGGGGUUGUUCAUUAGAAAAUGGGAACAUUUUAAUUUCAAAUUUUGUAAUGUUUUACAGCAAUUCAUACCAAAUGUGUACACCGCAUUUAUUUGUUUCAUUAAUUUUUAUACGCCCACAUGUUCAUGUAGGUGUAUAUUGUCGUCGCCUCAGUCCGCCCGGCCGUCCGUCCACAAUUUGUUUGUGUACACUCCACAGGUCUCAAUUUUUAUUCGAUUUUGACGAAACUUGAAAUAUAGGUUAAUCUCCCACAGAUCUCGGCUCAUAUCAAAAUUGGCAUGUUGGGACAGUAUCUUCAUGGAUUAUAGACCCUGAUUGUACGAAAAAUCACGAUUUUAGCUUCUAGACACAAUCUUUAUCCGAUAUUGAUGAAACUUGAUAUAUAUGUUUAUAACCCAAAGUUCUCGGUUUCUGUCGAUAUUCGCGCAUAUCAGACCGUAAUGUCAUGCAUUAUAGCCUCUGAUUGUAAGAAAAAUCGCGUUGUUAGUUUGUGGUCCCUAUAGAGGUCGCAAUUUGUAUCCGAUUUAAAACCGUGACACCAUGAUUACGGUUGAGUUCGAAUUUCGUGAAAAUCCGAACUAAACUUCCCGAUUUGUCCGAUUGUUUAUUUAUAUCACAAAGAUCUCGGUUCAGUUCGAUAACCGCGUAUAUCGGAACGUAUGGGAUUAUGCCCCUGAUUUGUUUGAAAAGUCGCGUUUUGAGCUUUUGAACUGUAUUGGCAGUUGGAAUCCCAUUUCAUUUCAUUUUGUAAGUUAGGUUUAGGGUAAGCGUUAGUACUAGUUCCAGGGUUAGGGUUGGGAUUGGCGCAGUUCGAUAACCGCGUAUAUCGGAACGUAACGUCUUGGAUUAUGGCCCCUGAUUUGUUUGAAAAGUCACGUUUUGAGCUUUUGGACUGUAUUGGCAGUUGGAAUCCCAUUUCAUUUCAUUUUGUAAGUUAGGUUUAGGGUAAGCGUUAGUACUAGGUCCAGGGUUAGGGUUGGGAUUGGCGCCAGCCCUGUUUACGUCUCGUGACCUUUGACCAAACUUGAAGUUGAAAUAGAUCUAACCGAGUGUCUAAAGAUAAUGAAACAGACAAUCGAAACAAAUUCUAUUGAUGUAUGAUAAUUACUUAUAAAUAUGCUACAACCCAUGUUGACUUGUCGGACGACUUAACUGCUGUGGGUGUAUGUUUCGCUGCCUGACAACCUAUCUUUAAACUAUUAUAGCAAGAUUAGACUAUUCGUUUUUGAAAUCUUACAUAUUUACAUCUUAAAAAUUUGUGUAUAAGAUAUGUUUUAUGUACUUUGUUUUUUGUAAAACAUAAUAUUCGUGAAUGUGU